GACGAUCUUUGAAGAGUGGGCGUUCGGUUCCUCGCUCCCUCCCUCCCUGUGUGGGUCAGCGUGGGCGGCCCCGUGUGGCAGGAGGAGAGCGAAACACGACACCCCGGCUGUGUAAGAAGGAGGAGGGGGUGCUGGAGAGAGAACACGAAGUGACUGAGUGGAAAAAGAAGAAAAAGAGGGGGCACAGAGAAAGAAGUGAGUUGGCUUCGGUACUUUUGUUCCUCCCCGAAGCGCGGCUGUUGUCAGGAGGAAGAUGCUGCCGCUGCCCCGGAGGACUCCAACAUGCGACACCGCCGCCGCUGCUGCAGCGAUAGGAGUGAAAAUUUAAACUCGCCACAUUCCGUUGCUCCAGAAGCGGCCAACGGCAGCACGGACUGACUCCUCCAAACUUUCACCAUUCAGCCGGACCGGACUGGAUUUCUCCCCCUCCUCCCCCACAGCUCCAGAGGCUUUGGGACAACUUUGCUGAUUUAAACCAGCAACUUUCACAGUGAAUCCGUGUGUUUUAAACUCCAUUCGGGGUUUUUUUUCUCGGCUCUUUUUUUGGCUAGAACAACACCGGGGGGUGGAAGGAGUGCGGAGCCGCUGCUAACUCAGCUAAAAGCUACCGUCUGAAGUUACCCGUCGACGGGAUUGGUGACGGAGGGAGCCGCCGAAGAUUUCGACAAAGAUGAAAACCCCGGCAGAGACGGGGUUCGCCUUCCCGGAGUGGGCCUACAAGCCGGAGUCGAGCCCAGGCUCCAGGCAGAUCCAGCUGUGGCACUUCAUCCUGGAGCUGCUGAGGAAGCAGGAGUACAACGAUGUGAUCGCCUGGCAGGGCGACUACGGCGAGUUCGUCAUCAAGGACCCGGACGAGGUGGCCCGCCUGUGGGGGGCCCGGAAGUGCAAACCGCAGAUGAACUAUGACAAGCUGAGUCGGGCUCUGAGAUACUACUACAACAAGCGGAUCCUCCACAAGACCAAAGGGAAGAGGUUCACCUACAAGUUCAACUUCAACAAACUGGUGCUCGUCAAUUACCCCUUCAUCGACAUGGGCAGCUCUGGUCGUGGAGUCCCUCAGAGCGCGCCCCCUGUCCCGACCGGAGGAACACAUUUCCGCUUCCCGCCCUCCACCCCGUCGGAGGUUCUGUCCUCCAGCGAGGAGCUGCGCAGCCCCGGCGUGUUCAGCACCGUGGCGCGCCGCAUGGCCCGCGGCUCCGUCAGCGACUGCAGCGACGGCACCUCCACCAACUCCGAGCUAGAGGAGGCGGCGGCGGCAGACGAGCGCGCCAUCGGGCCCGACCGGGCCUUCCGGGGGCUCCUCGCCCCCCGCCUGCCUCACGAGUCCCUGUUCAGGUUCUACGGGGGUCACCCGACCCCAGCGGGGUUACCCAGGCCCGCGCCCAGGGUCCACGCCGACCCUCUGUCCCCGUUCCCCGUGUCCCCCCUGCCCGGGCCUGGAGGGCUGCUGUCCCCCGCCCUGUCCAUGACCCCCACCCCCCACCUGGCCUACACCCCGUCCCCCUCCCUGUCGUCCCCCAUGAUGGGCUCCCACUUCUCCUUCAACCCGGAGGACAUGAAGCACUACCUGCAGGCCCACACCCAGUCCGUUUACAACUACCACCUCAGCCCCCGGGCCUUCCUGCACUACCCCAACAUCGUCGUCCCCCAGCCACACCGCCCCACCCCGGAGAAACCUGCCCCCCACCACCUGCAGGCCCCGCCUAUGCCGCUGCCGCUCAGCCAGCAGCAGGCCGACGACGCGCACGCCUCGCCGUUCAAGUUCAAGCUGCAGCCGCCGCCGCUCGGCCGCAAGCAGAGGGAGGCAGGGAGCUCUCUGGCCGCCGCCGCCUCCUCCUCCAACCACGCUUCCUCGUUUACCGGCGCUGGUCCGAACGUCGGGCCUGCUGUGGGUGGAGCGCCGCCGAAGAUCAAGGUGGAGCCGGUCUCCGACCUGUCCGAGGAAGACGUGGAGGUGACCGACAUAAGCGAAGAAGAUGAGCUGAACCCCAACAGCGAGGAUGAGGAGGGAGACAUGUUUCCCCCUCUUCCUCACAGCCGUCAUCAUCAUCACCAUCUGAAGAACGGGAGCGGCAUCAGCCCAUCCGCUCCUCAUCCAGAGGAAGACCCCGACGAUGACGAAGAGGUGUUCAAAACUCCCGCCACUCCGCCUCCCGGCGGCGGCGGCGCCUUCCCGCUGAUGGGCCUGAAGACUGAGCCGGGCCAGGCGGUGGCGCCCGUCAGUCCCGGAGGAACCCGCUGCAUCCCGCUCAAACUGCGCUUCAAACGCCGCUGGAGCGAAGACCAGCGGAUGGAGGCGGACGGAGACCGGGAAGAAGCAGAGGACAAGAAAGUGAGAGGAGAGGGGGAGGAGCAGGAAGACGGGAAGAGAGAGGGAGAGGAGGAGAACGGAGGAGGAAGAGGAGUGAUCCUGGGCCUGAUGCUGCCGCCGGCGCCGACCCAACGCAGAGCAAGCUCCGAGCUGCAGAGAGCUACGGCGCAGCUGUCGCUGGAAAACGCCGGCUGCUGAAAAACAAUCCCAACAUGGCAGGUUCUGCAGAUCUAGACGUUCGGACCGAUCUGAAAGUCUGGCGUUGGUAAACGUAGCAGGUUUCAUAUCAUGUUUUAAAAAACCAGAACCAACUGUUUUGUUCUUUGCUUUUGUCUGAACUCGUUUGGGUCGUUUGCAGGAAGAUUCAUGCAAUAAUUCACAAAUUCUGGCCUCAGUUAGCCCAAUCAGGUGUCUCAAGUGUGGCCCGAGGGCCGUUUGUGGCACGCAAAGUGAUUCUGUGUGGCCCUCAACCAAAAUACAAAAAAAUCGCACAAACUUGAUAUUCCAGCUCAGUGUUGGAGGUUCAUGCAGUUAAACAAAUCAUUUUUAAAAAGAUAUUUAAAGUCUCCUAAAUAUGGAAGGUGCAACACAAAGUAUGCAUUUAAUUAAAGUUUAUGGUAAAUAGAACCACAAAUAUUUAGCGAUUUUUACUGAACACUUUAAUGCAAACAUUUUUAAAGACUGAGAACCUGUUUUCUGUUUUCAUUGCUCAGAAUAAACAAAAAAUCCAAAGAUAAUAGAAAAACAAUCAUUUAAAAUUUACAUUUUUUAAAAUAGAUUUCAUGUUUCAGAUCUACAAUAAGUCGCAGUUCCCUCUUCUAUUAAAUCAGAUUUCUUUAUUUUAAUAAAUUUUGUGUUCACUGCAGAAAUACAAAAUCUGCCCACAGAUAAAAAUUUAACAUUUAGCAGUAUUUAAAAUAAUUCUAAUUUAAAAUGUUUUAAAACUCAAUCUCAUGGCCCUCAAUUACUUUUAACUUGACAGUUUAGGUAAAAGUUUUUAAUUGAGCUAAAUGAACAAAUCAUCUUCCUCCGUGUGACGCAGCGACCCGUUCGGAGAAAAGCAGGGAACAAAACGAGCUGUUGGCACAGAAUCAUGUAGAAAUCAUGGUGUUUGCUUGGUGAAUCCAGCCGGACCGGCACUGGGACACAUCAUCACUUCUUUAACACUAAAACUCAGACUUUAACCCAACUACAGAGUUUUCUCGGUCCACUUCUGAUCACAAUUGUGCCCAAAUCCAGUCGAUAAAUGUUCGACGUAGGCGACCGGACGUUGGGAGUCGCCUCCGGUUCUUGUAUGUUUCUUCUUUAACCCAACAUGGAGCCGACAGAUCCUGAUGUUACUGAAGAUCAGCCGCCUGUACAGAGAUUCUAGAAGUGCCUGGAAGACGCCCCGUCACUGCAGAUUAUAAAUGCAGAAGAAGAAAAGACGCAUCGAUUGGUUUGGUCUGGAAGAGACUAUAUCUUCCUCUCCAGUUUCGCCAACGAGGGCAUUUUCAGCGUUGUUGCCUUCAACCUUACCCAUCAUCAGCUUCUCCUAUCUUUUUUAUAUAUAUAUAUAAACAUAUAUAUAAAAUAAAAAGACUUAUUUUUUCCUCUGGAUUUAAAUGGACAGUAUUUUUCGGGCAUUUGCAGAGACGAUAAACUGAUUACUGUCUUUUGGGGGAGGGAGGGAAACAUAAUGAAUGUGGAGCAUCAAGGCUAACUCAGGCAAACCUUCACUGAGAUAUGAAAAAAAAAGUAUAUUUUUAACAUAUAAAAAGAGAUUGUGCCCAUUUUAUCAAUCAGAUUUAAAAAAAAUUGUGCCUUUUUGUCAGUUUUCUCCCCCAGGAACAUGUAUUAUCUCUCAGAAAACCACCAUGCCUUCGGCUUUUUGUAAAACUAAACGUAUAUAUUUUAUUCAAAUAUAUAUUAGAAUCAGAUAUUCUAUUUCAAUAUGGUCAUUUGAUACGAAUUAGCUAAAUCCUCCUAUUUUUAAUAGCAAAGAUGUGUAUAUAAAUAUAUAUUCUGAUGCAGCUGCGGCGACCCAGAUCCGGCGGCUCGCUCUGAUUGGACGGUCGGGAGUUUGGUUUGAGACUUGAGCAGCUACACCAUGCAGCGUCCUGGUUAGUGCGGUUACAAUAAAGGGAAACAUGACAUCACAUCUGACAUUAGACGCCUACGCAGUCGCAGAAACUACACCCAAACACACACACACACAGAGGAAACCUCAGAGCGACAAGGGACUUCCCAUAAUCCCUCAUUCUGCAUGUGUGCGCGCUCUGUGGUUACCCCGUCUACAAACAUCCAGCUUUUUUGUGAAAAAGGCUCAACAUUUGUCAUUUUUAAAUAGUUCGUCGCCUCAUUCCUGUUUCACCAAACCGUUCGGAGACGUUUUCAGGACUAAACCACCUGAACUGUUGGACCUGUGCUGCCUUACAGCCUCUUCUCUUUCCUCCAUGCAUUACUGUUACUCCUGUAAUGAUUUAUAUUAUUAACAUGACUACUUUAUGAUUAUGUCGUACCCUUGUGCCGCGGCCCAACCUCUUCCCCAUGAAUUCCCAGUUUAUGAGUUCUUGUACUGGUUUGCACUCUUUCUACCCGCAGACAGCAGCAGGAGGAGGGUUGGAUAAAACUCAUACAGCAGGGGGAAGAAGUCUUUUUAACUUUGUUUUUUUAGUUGUUUGUAUAUAUAUUUUUCAUUAUGGUGGAUUCUGUAAGGACAAAAAAUGAGUGUUGUACUGUUUAACAUUUUUAACAUUUGUAUUAUUUGACACCUUUUUUCUUAUCCUCUCCGUCUCUCCUCUCAUGUUCUUGUUAUUUUCACUCCGGAGGAGAGGCGGAGCUUUUUAUUUUAUCAUGCUUCUGUUUCCAUUCUGUAUCUGUUCAUCUGCAUUUGUAAUUAAACAAUAAUCAGGGUUCAUUAAAAAGGUGAAAAUGGUCA